UCUUGGUAGCAGUACAGUAGGGAAGAAAACACAUCUGUCGACAACCCGCACAAGAGGAAUACUGUACCUGAGCCGCUGUAAUAAUUGUGUGUGUGACUGCAAAAAAUGUGUCCGAAGUCAUCACACCAUUCUUAAAAAUAUAAUUGCCAGAUAACGUGUACAAACACAAGCAAUAUAAAGAAAAGCUUCUGUGUUCAACAAAACAUGCCUUCUACUCUGCACUGACAAUGAAAAUGGUUUGACAGCUGUCAUAAGUCUUGGGUGACAGACCUCUUUCUAGUUAACCGGAUACAACUGCCACAGAAGAUGGAGGACUCUCCUCACUUGUACAUCUCUGAAUUUGGAGACCGUGAUGAUAUGGAGCAAGGGAAGAAAGAGGACAUAUAUCAAGAGAACACUAAUACGGAACCAGACAUGAUAAAGUCAGUUGGGCAAGAUCCCCAUAAAAAUCCCAAUCAUAAAGCUGAAAAAGACUUGAACUCUUUUCCCUGCCAGCAUUGUGAGAGACAUUUUACCAGCAAACAAGGCUUGGAACGGCACAUCCACAUGUUGCUGAACAAUGAGGCACAUGUACAUAAAAGCAAUAGUAAAAAUACGUAUUUUGGUGCAUAUCUAAGUCAGCUGCAAAAUGAGAAGAUGACACCUCUGGAUUCAGAGAGCUCAGUCAUGCUUAAUUCUUCAUCCCCCAUUAGCUCUGAUACUUCCAUUUUGUCAGUUGAAGACGACACUGCACAGCCAGACAAACAGCUUGUAUCAGAAGGCCAUUAUGCCUGCAACUACUGUGAAAAGAUAUCCACUAAACAUAACGACAAACAACUCUAUGAACACAGGAUCCAUAAGAAGCACCUGCAACUUAAAGAAACUCACCUUCGUGAAGAGAAAAAUCACCAGAGGAUAUUCAGUGAAACAUCUCAAAACAUUUCAGGCUUCGGUGACUGUUCAGCAUCGUCAGCUGCUCUGUGGAAUGAAAGAGAACACACAGAACAGUUCAUGCUGGAUGUUUCUGGCAAUAUUUCAGAGAAUUUCAGCUUUUACAUAGAUGGAAAGAUAGUGUCAACAAGUACAGUCAGUACCUGUGACGCUGAAGUUCAACAUGGCUCUUCAACUUUAGUUUGUCGGGAUGCCCUGAUUCUAGAUCCCGCCCAAAUAAACCAGGUUUUAUACACAGAAUCACUUCCAGGUAAAGAGAUACCUGGUCAACCAUUAACCAAAAGAAGAACUGCAACACCACCCCUUUUACCGCAAAUUGAAACAGAACUGGAGUCAAAUGUGGUUGUGUCUUCAUCCUCAUCAUCCCUUGUGUCUUCCUUAAUAGAGAAUACACUUCCUCAGAAAGUAGAGUCCACCAUUGUGCAGAAGGAAAGAACAGUGUUUCUGUCACCUAAACUAAAGCAGCUCCUGGAGAAGCAGGAUGGCAUUGAACCAACUCUUGCACUCAUCCCAGAUGGCCAAAAGCCAUGUUCACCAGUCUCCCUUUCUGUCCUGCCAGCUGGAGGAGGGAGGUUUACAAGAAGGACUGGAUCCCCACCAAUGUCCCCACAGGAAAACCCGACAUAUAACGAGGAAACAAUGCCACUAGAUACAGCAGACUGUGAUGCUGUGAGCACAGCACAGCUGAAGACUCCCCAUAGUUCACCUGAGCACCAAACAGCCCAUGAGAAGGACAACACAACUCUAUCAGUGGAGGAGCCAGCAGUGAAACCUGUCUUUUCAGAAAACUGGACUCCCGUGUUAGGAGGUAAUUCCUGUAACCAGCAACCACUGGAUCUCUCUAAUACAGUAAAAAGAAAUGAAGAUGUAGCCUUAGCUGAUGCUGCUCUUGACUUAAGUUUGCAAAAAAAAACUCUAGGUGAACUUGCUUUAAGUUUUGUUUCAGAGGCUAUUUUAAAAGAAGGAAAAUUAAAUACUUGCAUAAAGGACAAGGCAUUAAUGAAUGUUGGAGAGCAAAAUGUAGGUCUCGGAAAUCACAAGACAAUGUUAGUUGCAGACUUCAUAGUUACAGGUCCAAAUAUAAUGAACCCAGUAGAGCCACUUGUCGAGGGACUUGUUUAUGGACUUGCCCUACCCCCCAAUUCUCUGACUCCUUUACCUGCCUCCCACACCCCUUUCACCUUGCAGCCAGCUUCACCGUGCACUAUAGCAAUCACUUCCCCACACACCCUGCUCCCUUCUGCUCCUUCAUUAAUCACCGUUUUAGAACCACCACCGCCUAUAUCUAACCUUUCAAACCAGCAGGUCCAGGUAAUAACCGAUUUGUCAACAUUUGCCACUACAAAUUCUGAAAACCUUGGCACUCUCUCACAAUCCCAUGACCCACCUCUAAAGCUCCCUGGCCAUGUGAUUGUUACUGAUCAAAUAGCUCUCAAUCAACCUAUAAUUGAUUCCAGUUAUGUACCCGAAGUUUCAUUCCCUCCCACUAUUACUUUAAAUGAUUCUCUUAUAAAUUCUUACAACUUUACUAGCAACACUGUGCUGAUAGAGUGUACAUUAGCUCUCGAAGACCCUGGGAAUGUAGUCCCUGCUGAAAUUAAUUUACAGGAAAACACUGCAGAGUUCCCUGCACCCUCAAAGAUGCUUGUUAAUGACAUAGAACAGCAACAGAUUGUUUCAGUGCCCAACCCUCAAACUGUGGAUCCAACUGUUCCUAUGUCCUUUAUUUCAGAGUCAAAAACCCUAUCCACAACCACCUUGGUGAAAUCUAAUUGUCCUGCUGCAGGUGAAACAAAUCCUGACUCAGAGCCAGUUAAAGAGCCACCUUCUGCAAAAGAAGAGGAUGCUGCUGAUAAUACUAUUCCCAUACCUGAAAACCCAAUAAAAAGUCCCAUUUCUUCUGAAAAAGCUAAAGAAGGUGAAUCCUCAAGUGAGACACAAAGUGAUGCACAGCAACAUACUUUCACGAAAAAUUUCAUUUGCAAUGUGUGUGAUAAGCUUUUCCAUUCAAUAAAAGAACUGAGCCAUCAUGUCGGUGGCCAUGCUGAUAAAUGGCCCUACAAAUGCGAGUUCUGCGUGUUGCUUUUUGACAAACCCUCCACUUUGCUUGACCAUCGAUCAUGUCUCCACGGUGUUGGCAAGACUUAUGUUUGCAGUGCAUGCACUAAAGAAUUUGUCUACCUUUGCAACCUGAAACAGCAUCAGGAAGAGUCCCAUCCUGGCAAGCAGUGUACAUACACAGAAGAGGAAAAGGGGAAACUAAGACCUCAGAACUACAAUUCCUCAAUAAAAGUCAACAUGGAGACCUCAGAGCCAGAUACUCCAGAGGAUCAUGAAAAACGGGUGAAAAAGGAAGAAGGUGAAGCAGAUGUGGCUACUGAAGAAUUGUUCACAACAAUUAAAAUCAUGGCCUCAGAUGGAGCCAAAAUCAGUGGGCCUGAUGUUUGUCUUGGCAUCAAUCAGCAUUAUCCCAGCUAUAAGCCUCCUCCUUUUCCAUACCAUAACAGAUCACCUGAUGGCUCAGUAGCUUCAGCCACAAACUUUAACACCCACAACAUCCCACAAACCUUUAGUACAGCUAUCCGAUGCACAAAGUGUGGCAAAAGCUUUGAUAACUUACCAGAGCUGCACAAGCAUAUCCUUGCUUGUGCAAAUGCCAGUGAUAAAAGGCGAUACACACCGAAAAAGAAUCCCAUCCCACUACGCCACUUUGCAAAAACUCAAAAUGGAAUAUUGUCUGCUAAUAGGCUAAAUGCUUCAAACAGACCCAGCCAAUCAAACAGGUCCAAACUUGACCAAGAAUCAACAGACAGAAUAAAGUUCAGGGUUCUGAACAAAAGGAAGAAAAGGUUUGCACAAAGGGUCAUGCCACAGAGGAACAAGUCAGCCCCUCCAGCAAAAAAAAAUUCUCCAGUACAGGUGAACAAGCAGCAGGAGAUCUUUGUUUGCCCUCACUGUAGCAGAGAAUUCACAAUGCGUCGAAGCAGAACCAAACACAUGGCAGUCUGCCCCAAGAAACCCAAAGAGGUGAAGAAAAGGAAAGAUGAAGGUAUAUCUGUAACUAAGGAGAAUGAUGGACACAUACAUAGAGGACUGGGAGAGAAACAAGCCUCACCUAAGCAUAAAACAAGACUUCAGACGUCUUGUCCUGCUAAAAGACCUGCUUUCCUGCCAGCACAGACUGUCUUUGCAGACAAAAGAAGCAAAAUAGUUAUAAAAGAGAGCAUGCAGCCGAAACAAGAGACAUCCACUCUGAGUGAACUUUCCAUUGUUCGCACGUUCAACCCCUCCAUGCGUCAGUAUAGCAGAGUGCAGCAUAGCAUCAAAGGAAUCCCCAUUAAAAUCACCAUAGUGAAACCACGGCAGAUUUCACCACAGAAGGGGAAGCCGCCUUUGGCCCAGGGCCGAGAGGAAGCAACUGGAGCUGUUAUUAACAUCUCUGAGCAGAAUCCAACAGGUUAAAGACUAACGAGCAGCCCUCCAGGGAUCAUCAGGACCCUGCUGUUUGGAACUCCACCUACAUAUAUGUGGCAGUGAUACUAAAGGAAGAGAACUUCUUAACACACUUCAAACACCAUGGACUCAAAGAUUGCAUCACAUUGUACAAUGAACGACUGAAUUGCAGACAGUAGAAGAAAAUUGAUGAUACUGCAGUGAGUGGAUGACUUUGAGUAUUUGAAUGCUUUUGUAGCAGCUUGGAGGUUUUGUAAAUUUCUCCUUUACAAAAACAUUGUCACCAUCUUGGAUUUUCACUUUGAAGUUAAUCUGACUGCAAAAUGUCAGAAAUUGAAGAGGAGUCGAAGGAAUGACACUGGAAGGCGUCUCUCAUUUCAUAUUGGCAGGUUAUUCAGAGGGAAAGGCAGGUGGCAACCGUUUUCAGCAGGCAUUUGCACUUUUUCUUUUCUGUUGUCUGUGGCCUUUUGCUUUUAACUCUUACUGCAUGAACUUGUAUCACCCCUACAUGUAUUAGGAUUGUUUAAAAUGGUGCAGUUGGGCAUUUAAAACUGAAUCUAUUGUGGCUCUCUUGAUCUGAUUGAAAUUAGAAAUUGUAAUCACAGAAAAUACAUCAAGAUUGCCUCUAAAUAAAAAAUAACACUGUAGUAUUGUGGCAUUGCUAUUUACUAUUAGAGAUGCAAUUGCCAUUUUUUGCAACAAACUUAAUAUUGUCUCAUUGGUACAUCCUUUGAAAAUCUUAAUUUUUGAUUAUGUGGAUAUAUAAAUUGCCACGUUAAUAUUUAGCUAUUUAUCUGAUAAAGGUUUUGAGAAAAUUGUGUCAUCAAGUUGAUACAUGACCAACUGUGUCAUGAAGUUGAAGUGGAAAAACUGCCGAUUGGUAUUUUCCACAUACCUAACCUAACCCAAAAGCAUUUUUUUUCAUCCUACAAAACUUGGUGUGAGAAUUGGCUAAAAGUGCCUGUAUUAUUUUAUAAAAAGGUUGCCCUAUGCAGCCCAAUGUCAUAUGUCAAAAUUUAGGUAAACAGGCCACCACAAAUUGAUAAUUUACUCUUAAAAAUUAAAAGAUUCAUCAGUUUGAUGUAUUCACACUGCAGUUCCCAAACUACUCUAAUUAUGUACUGCAUCAUAGCAAAUAGAUGUAUUCAAAGUUAAAUCAGCAUUUAGUGCUCAGCCUUUCUGCAAUAUAUAGUUGUCCAGUUUGUAGACAUUAUUUUGCACCCGAAUACUACAUAGAAACGUGGAACAUUGAAGUUUUUUUUUUCAUACAACAGCUAGAAAUCAUCAUUUAGUAAGUCCAGUCUGUGUCCAAACACUGUAUCAUUACUUAUAACCUGUAUAACAGUCGUCAACAUUGAUUGAUGAUUGUUAGACGAAUACAAGCGUGUACACAACAGACAUUUUUAUAAAGAGUCACUACUGGAUGUAUGAAAGAAAAAAUGUAUGAGGCAAGUUGUCACUAUCUUAGAGCUUCUUUAUUGUAUAGUUAUGUCAAUGUAAUAGAAUUAUGUAUAUUGUAUAGUUUGAGUCCAAUUAAAAGUAAAAUUCGACAGUGGCUUAUAUCUAGAAGAGAGAGCGAGUUAUGGUACUGCUAUUUUACAUUUUUGCAUUUAGAAAAUUGCUGGUAAUAUUUCUAAAUUGAGACUGAUGUGUAGGAUGUACUGGUCCUUUAAGGAGACUAAUAUUUAACUGUGAAAAGUGCUUGUAGCACUUUGAGCUUUUAAUUGAGCUUUGUAUAUUUAUUUAAAAUCAUGUCCUCAAUCUCUGAACAGUUUGUCUGUAUGAUUUGCACUUAAAGUUUUUCAAGCAAGUAUCACAAAAAUGUAGAAUGUUUAGGUUAUACGUGAAGUUUGUGCAAAAUGUCUUUAAUAAAUGAAUAAAAUUAAUAA